AUCGCGCGGGCUAUCAUACUAUUGCUUGUUUCCAUCCAUACUUGUUUUGAUCAGCUUGUUGUUUGUUUCGCAGCGUCAUAGCUGGAGCAUUGCAUAGUGGCAUUAUUCGACCCGGUGCUUGCAGUGCAGCGCUUACAAAAUGCCUACGAGCUUCGUGGAAACAGAAGAUGAAGAGGACCAACAUAAAAAGCACGUUGUUGCUGCUGUGUAUGCAGGCGUCCCUUUGUUUCCAAAUUCAGAUACAGAACCCGGCCGGCGUGGGCUCGUCAUGGAUCCAUUUGCCUCACCAGACGUCAAUGUGAGUGGUCCCAUACUUGUAUCGGAAAAUGAGGAACCACUCUCGCUGGCUGUCAUUGUUGCCAUGUGUCUGAUCCCAUUCCUAAUCCUCGUCCUCAGUGCUGCUCUGCUCACUUACCUAAAAUCACGCGAACAUGUGCAGGAUCCAGUCAGCAAAUCGUCAUCUCCAGGUGAACUUAUGAUCUAUGACGCCGGCUUGAUUGUCCAAGCUCCGCGCACAACCACUAGCAACGACCCACCGGACGACUUCGCGCCUGCGUGGAGCCGGCCAUUUUGGUGCGCUUACAUCCGGAACCAGAAAGUUACAGAGUAUUCGGUUCGUCAUGUGCCUCGGCAAUACUGCAGCGCUUUCGUCUAUGGCUUCGUGCAACUUCAAAGUCCUGGACAGCUGGAGGAUGUUACGCCCUAUAAAGGUGACGUGACCUUGCUGAAAAAUACUGCGAAGAUCAAUAAAGGACAGUCCCGUCCCGUGUACCUGGCUGUGGGCGGCCCUUCAGCAACGGACCAUAUCAAAGACACGGUGAAGGUAGACAAACACCGGGACACAUUCUGCGUUGGGCUUCUGGACGCUCUCAAGCAGUAUAACCUGGACGGAGCAGUCAUCCAUUUCGAAGCCACCCUUCUCGACAAUAAUUUGAUAUCUGCUGCCUUCGCCAGCCACAUCAGCACUUGCUUCUCUGCCCAUGGUAAAACGCUGGUUCUCGUCGUCCCAUCACAAUCGGCAAAACGACAACAGUAUUUCCCAUUUAUCGACGCAAGUUACAACGUUUCUGUGAUAUUUUGGACUCAUCAUAUUGUUGAUCCAGCUGACACGGUAUCUCAGUGCCCUGUGGACCUCAAGAUGAUAGACGACUUCGAAAAGCACUCAAUGCCGCAACCGUCUGGACAUUCCAAGCCGACGCCGCAGUACCUGAUAACGCUGUCACUCUCGGCUGGACGAUUUAGAUUGAGCAAUUCCAACAACCCUGGAAGUCUGCAGGCCGUCGUUGCGGGGUCUCCGGAAACUGUCCGCUACACUGAGGUAUGCAGGGGAGAAAAGUUGCAAUGGCAGAGAAAGCUGAACAGUGAUACAGGUUGCAUUGAGAUAUGGAAAGGCGACGUUUGGAUGUCUUCACUGGACGGCGCCAGUGACAAAGCAAUCUGCCAUACCUUGUCGACCGGCAUCGCCAUCUUCGACAUGGAGUACGACGACUUUCUCGGGACAUGCGACGGGAACAAGCAUCCACUCAUGAGGGCUGUCGCUAGGGGUGUGGCCAUGGUGGAGUCCGCAGGCAAACCGUGUGAUCCUCCUCGAUUGCACAGACUCUUCGACCGAUGACACCUCCUUUAUUUGCUUUGAUUCAAAUCACACUACUGUCUUUAUUUUCUCUCUAUCAUCGUGGCCGUGAUGUAUUAUAUAUAAACAAGAAUGUUGUAUAUGCUGCAACAUUUAAACAGCUCAAAGAGUGUUCGUAGCAAAAUAAUUAAUUUACAGUUGCCACCUUGAAUGUAACAAACACGAAUAAAUCUUCUGUUUUUCGAAG